CAAUCGCAAGCGGCGGAUUCUUGCCGAUGCUCCGCCAGGCCAAGCAAGCGCUGCCACCGCGGCCCCGCGGGCUCUCGCCGCUGCAGGCGGCCUUGUACGUGAUCCAGACGCGGUCGAGGCUGCUAAGCGCAUGGCUGCUGGACGUCAUGCCAGGCUUGCCGCCGCCGCCGCUGACAGACGAAGAGAAGAAGGCUGAGGCGAAGAACCAGUUUGUUGACCUCUGGACACUGACGCUGGCGGACCACCGCAGGCUAUGGCACGAGGCGUGGAAGCAAUACAAGGGCUCGUUUGGCCCCGAGAAAACGGCGUCCAAGGAUCUCACGGUGGCGCUCACCGCCAAGGGCCACGAGGUCAAGAGCUCCGUCGACACGCAUCUCGCGACGCAUCACCCCGAGCUCAAGGCAGAGAUCGACACGUGGAGUGGCCAGGUCUCGGAGAAGCUCGUCGUCAUGCAAAGCGAGGCCAAGAAACACGCGGCCGAAAUGCAGGUCCAAGCGCAAGCACUGGACGUGGAGAGAAUCCCCGAGCACGUGGCCGACGCCGUGGCGUCCCUCAAGCAGCGCAACGUUGUCGACGUCAAGCGAGACAUGGAAGAGUGGGCCAUCGACAAGCUCCUCGUGGGGCGGCUCACCGUCAUGGGGUUUGUCGAGGGCUACCGCGCCGGCAAGGACGAGGAGAUGGCGCGGGAUACCCCGCUGCUCAAGACGCUGGCCGAACAAGCGACCGCCAAGCACAAGGAUGAGAUCGAAGCCCGAAAAGCGCAAUUCCUCAAGCUCGUCCACGAAUUUGACGCCAAAGAAAAGCUGAAAUAACAGAUGCCACAAGGCCAAAAAGUGCAAUGUUAUCAAAAGUAUCAAGGUAUCAAGACCCGAGUUAAUACGGCUUGUGG